GCCUUAAUAGUCUGCCCAAACAAAUGGCCACAAAUAUAAUCCGGGACUAUUACUCUACAAAUGGCAUCGAGUAUAAUAUGGGUCGUGUGCCUAUUGGUGGCGCCGAUUUUUCCCCACGUUUCUACACUUACGAUGAUGAUCACCAGGGUGACUUCAAGCUCAGCACGUUUAAGAUACAACAAGAAGAUUACAAUUUAAAAAUGCCGUAUAUAAAAUUAGCGCACAAUAUGACUGCUAAUAAAUUGACCCUGUUCGGCAGUCCCUGGUCAUCACCCACUUGGAUGAAACAUGAGGGACCAUAUGGCCCGUUGAAUGGAGGUCCUCUAAUUGGUCAACCGGGACAACAAUAUUUUAAAGCCUGGGCCAAUUAUUUUGUAAAAUUUCUGGACGCAUACAAAUCAAAUGGAAUCCAAUUCUGGGGGCUGACCGUCCAAAAUGAGCCGAGAAUUGCUUACCAUUGCUAUGGAAACGGAAAGGUUUGGGAUGAUUUGGAGCUUCUACACGAGCGAUACCCCGAUCAGUUUGUAUUGUCGACUGAAUGCUGCCAAGAGUUCAGUAAAAGACCCACCCGUACUGUGAUGGAGCUAGGUAGAUGGGAACACGCCCAGAAUUUGCAACAUUGGACUCGAGGUUGGGUUGAGUGGAAUCUGGUGCUCGACAUGUAUGGUGAGCCCAAUUGGGCCAAUAUGUCGGCGUUGGCACCGAUUCACGUCAACCACACGGCCAACGAGUACUACAAAGACUCGACUUUUUAUAUUUUGGGCCACUUUUCCAAAUUCUUGGUCAAAGAUUCCGUGAGAGUCGGCGCCAAAGCGGACAAAUCGGUCAACAAUUUUAGUUACGUGGCGUUUGUCAGACCCAAUGAUAACGCGACGGUUUUAGUCGUCUAUAAUCUGGGAGACAAACCGCAAGAGUUUACAAUUGUUGAUAAAAGCGUCGGUCAUAUAAACUCCCGAAUGGAGGCGCGUUCGGUACAGACUUAUAUCUAUUGGGAUUAA